CGGCGCUCCCCAUAAGACAGAACUUCGCUCAUCUGAUUCUGACGCUCUUCGCUAUCAACGGUCGAUGAUUUUAUUCUUCUUCAUCAUCAAAUCAGCAAAUCUCCUUCAUCUAUAAGUGGCUAUGGCAUCCCAAAGUGCUAGCACCCAAGAUUCAAUAGGUGUUAGUGGUGCACCAACAAAUCAAUGUGUACCAGUUGGUUCAUCUACCGGUGAGGAGUCUAAAGAAGUGACUGCUUCAAAAGAUCAAGAAGAUCAUAUGACUGGGGGACAACGAAAGAAAAGAAGCAAAUGGUGGGAUUACUUUGACGAGAUUGAGGUAAAUAACACUAAAAAGGCGAAAUGCCAUGAGUGCCAUAAGUUACUGGGAGGUGAUCCAAAGAAUGGUACUAGUCAUUUGAAGGAGCACGUUAGCCGAUGUCCAAGAAGGAAAAGAGGCGGAGAUAUAAAACAAAUGGUCUUAAAGACCAAUUCAAAAGGGGAGGUUUGUCAUGCGUCUUAUAAUGAGGGAGAAGGGAGAAUCGCACUAGCCAAGAUGGUCAUCUUGCACGAAUAUUCUCUUUCCAUAGUCGAACAUAGGGGAUUUAGAGAAUUCACAAGCACCAUUCAGCCUCUUUUCAAAUGUCCUUCACGCAAUACCUUGAAAAGUGACAUUUUGAAGGUUUAUGCAGAAGAAAGAUGCAAAGUUCUCAAUUUAUUAGAAGGUAAUGAUUGUAGGGUGGCUGUUACUACUGACAUGUGGACUUCAACCAAUCAAAAGAGGGGAUUCAUGGCAAUCACAGCCCAUUUCAUUGAUAAAUCUUGGGUUUUACAUAAUCAAAUCUUAAGGUUCAUAUAUGUGCCUUGCCCACAUACAAGCGAAGCGUUGACAGAGGUAUUGAUUGAGGCUUUGAUAGAGUGGAAUCUGGACUCAAGAUUAUCUACUAUUACAGUAGAUAAUUGCUCAACAAAUGAUAGCAUGAUUGGUAAGUUAACAAAUAAAUUGAAUAUUGAACAUAUGUUGAAAGAUGGUGCCUUGUUACACAUGCGUUGUUCAGCCCAUAUCCUUAAUCUUGUUGUGAAGAUUGGUCUAGAGGUUAUUAAAGACUUUAUUAAUACUGUAAGAGAUAGUGUGGUUUUCUGGACGGCAUCUCCAAAGAGGGUAGAGAAAUUUGAAGAGGUUUGUAGGGGAAUGAAGUUGCCCUAUACCAAAAAGUUAGGCUUGGAUUGUCCGACUAGGUGGAACUCAACUUUUUUGAUGUUAAAAUCAGCUUUGCUUUAUAAGAGUGUUUUUCCUAGGCUUAAAAUGCGUGACUCACAGUAUAAAGAAGUGCCUUGUGAAAGUGAGUGGGAGAUUGCAAAAGAAGUGUGUGAUAAAUUAGAGUUGUUUUAUUCUGCCACAGAAAUGUUUUCUGGGACAAAAUAUCCAACUGCUAAUUUAUUUUUCCCAAAAAUUUGUGAGAUAAGAUUAGAGUUAGAGGAAUGGGCCCGUUCACCGGAUGUAGUUAUUAGUAUAAUGGCAGGAAGCAUGCUGGGAAAGUUUAAGGAUUAUUGGUCAGUUGUUCAUAAGUUGAUGGGUGUUGCCGUGGUAUUAGAUCCGAGAUAUAAGAUGGCUUUGCUUAGGUAUUAUCUUCCUAUGGUAUAUCCGAAGGAUCACGAGAAAGAAAUUGAUAAUAUUCAGCAACUUUGCUAUGAUUUGAUCAAGGAAUACCAAAGAAAAAAGGAGGAUGUUAUUUGUGAUGAGAGUGAGACUAAUUCAAGAAGUACGUUAACUGAUCGCAUGAGUGGAUUUCAAACAUUUGUGAAAAGACUGAAAACAUCAAGUUCCAAUUGUAGAACAGAGUUAGAUCAUUAUUUGGAUGAUGAUGUUUUGCCAAUGACCGAUGAUUUCAAUAUUCUAUUGUGGUGGAAAGUUAACGGGGUCAAGUACCCUACUUUGCAAGCCAUUGCCAAAGAUAUUUUGGCAAUUCCUGUUUCUACAGUUGCUUCAGAAUCGGCAUUUAGUGCUAGUGGGAGAUUAGUUAGUCCUCAUCGCAAUCGGCUACAUCCGAAGACCAUAGAAGUAUUAAUGUGUGCUCAAAGUUGGUUGUGGAAUAAUAUCAAAGAUGAAGAAGGGCCAUUUGUUUCUGACGGUUAGAGAUGGCAAUUUAACCCGAACUGAUGGAUACCCGUACCGAACCGAACCGGUCAAAACGGGGAAAACUGUGUUGACUGGGUAACGGGUACGGGGCGGGGAAUACCCGAUUUAUGGAAACGGGUAACGGGGCGGGUACGGUUUUAUACAUACCCGACCCGUUACCCGCCCCGUAACCGCCCCGAUUAGUUCGGGUACAGUUACCCGAACCGUUCCCCGAUCUGUAUUUAUAUAUUUUAAUAAAUUAUAUAUUUAUUAUUUAUUAUGUAUGUACUUGGUAUCCU